AUGCCCGAAAAGAAAAAAAUAACUUUUGAAAUCAGAAAAAUAAGAGCGGGUGAUUUUCUUCACGAGGAAAAUGGAGAAAAAUUAGCCAGAUUUUGUGUUGAACCUUUUUUUUAUAGCGAAGGAAUAAGAAGUGGUGAAAAAAUCCAUCGUCUACUUAUUCAGUAUACUAACACAAUUGAAGAUAUAGAACAGUUUCGGAGAGGUAAUAUUAUUACUUUAGAAAUAGACCGAGACCUGGCUAACACUAGUUUCACUCGCUUAAAUAAAUUUCACAUAAGCAGUGAUCAGUAUGGGAAUGAGACCAACCAAAUAUUAAGAGGAAAUAUUGAUGAAUAUAUGGGUGGUAUGGGUGUAAUGUUUGGUUGUCAAUUACACGAAUUAGUAAUUAAAAAUAAAAGCAAGAAUAAUUGUUGGAAAGUUUUAGAAGUAGGAAAAAAUAAAAAACAAUCAGACUGGGAAAAAUUUUACGAAUUAACCAAAAUAAUUGUAGAUGAUCCUUACGAUGAUAAUGAUAAGUUGGUUGAUUUUAAUAUUGUUUUAGCAGAAGCAAUGAAACUUAAAUCUAAUUACAUAGAAGGCCAAUUAAAGAGAAUAAAUACAGAGUUAGAAGAGUUAGUAAGACGGACCAAGAAGAAGUUAGUCAGUGAUGCAGAAAAGGAAUGGUUUGAAGUUUAUUUAGAGUCAGGACGAGAAAAUCAGUAUAAUUCUUUCAUUUAUAAGCAAGCAGAACGAGCCAGAAAUAAUUUAAAGCAAAGAUUAAACAAAGAAGAACUGGAUAAGAUUCGAAGCCAACAACAUGAAAUUAGUGAAUUAGGAAUGAAAUUGGAAAAACUUCAAAUUCAAGAACGGCAAGUUCAGGCGAAAAUUCCUCAAAAAAAAUCUCAUUAA